AUGGAGAAAGCAAACAUAUCGCAAUAUUGGUGCCACGCUUGCUCUCGGAUGGUGGGCCCAAUCAUAGAGAUUGAGACCGUGAAAUGCCCCAACUGCCAAGGCGGCUUCCUAGAGCAAAUGUCUCCUCUUCCUCCUCCUCCUGGUGGGAAUGCAAAUGAGGAUGAUGAUGAUUACUAUUCACAUCACCGGGCUCUCUCCCUUUGGGCUCCUAUCUUGCUCGGCAUCAUCAACACCACCCCUCAAUCUCAUUAUCCCAGCCGUCCGCAAGGCCAGGAGGUGGAGAGGGCCGGCCGUGAGGAAGACAACUCCGAACUUGAUCAGCUGCCGCCUGGAUUUGGAUCCAUAAUUCCUCUUCGGAGGAGAAACUCAGGCUCAGCCCCUUUCCUCCGGCUUAUGCAGGGCAUUCGAGCCGGGAUGCGGUCCGAAGAAGAUGAUGACGAUGACGGAGAGGGGGUGAUCCUGAUAAAUCCCUUGAGUCAAACAAUCCUGGACCUUCAAGCUGGUUCUUCCGAUGAUGUUGAAUCAAACCAUAUUAAUCCGUUUUCUUCUUCGUUGGGGGAUUAUUUUUUGGGUGCGGGUUUGGAUAUGUUGCUCCAGCACUUAGCUGACAACCAUAUCAACAGAUACGGCACUCCGCCCGCACAGAAAGACGCCGUGGAAGCCCUGCCUACUGUCAACAUCCAACACCAACAACAAGACUCAUCAUCAUCUCCUCUACAGUGUUCGGUUUGCCUGGAAGAUUUCGAGAUUGGUUCAGAGGCUAAGCAAAUGCCUUGUCACCAUUGUUUCCAUUCCGGAUGUAUUAUCCCUUGGUUGCAACUUCACAGUUCUUGCCCUGUUUGUCGUUAUCAGCUGCCUUCUGAGGAUGAUUCAAAACUCCAACCUCCUUUCAUUGGUGACAAUGCUGCUGCUGCUGCUGCUGGUACAAGGAGAAAUGAAAGUGGAAGGAGAGAACUUGGUGGGAGGUUUUCAUUACCCAUUCCAUGGCCAGUGAGUCACUUUUUUAAUCAUAAUGACAACAAUACUUCCCAAUCUGGCGAUGGUAAUUCAUCUUCUUCGCAGCAGGAGCCAUCUUCCCAAUAG